AUGCUCGUACGGCGGGUGAUCGAGAUUCGGGCGGCUUUUAUACGGCGCUUAUCACACACAUUUCUCCUUUCGAACACCACGGUGGGGGGUAAAAAGGGGUCUUCCGAUCCCUGCUCUUCGAUUCUGAGACCUCACCUCGCGAUAGCGCGUCUUUUUCCGCUUUUCGGGCUCGCGGUGCGUGUGGUUUGGAUCAACUGGGGGGAUCCUAACCGGGAUGACGCGCGCAAGUCAUCGGAUAGUCUCUCAAGGGUGAUUGCCGAGUGUGAGUUUGGAAGGAUCACCAUCGCCGCGUGUGAGAAAGGGGUCGUUCUUCAUGAAUCGAAAAAUCGUUUGGGGAUUGUCUUACUCCCACAUUCAGCCCGUUUUGAGCGCAUGCUUGCUUGCGGGAGCCCUACGCAGCGCGCGGAUGAGGCUUCCCAAGAGAGCCACAUGCCGGCACCUAACGGUGCUGAGAUGCUUCCUACCAUAGCGCGAAACUAUACACCGAAAGUAGUUCAGGUUCGUAAAUUUUUUCCUGGGUGUAGUGGGAGCGAAACUGAUCUUAUACAGAAGCUGCUGUUGUUUAUCAACCGCAGGGUGCAAAAGCGCAAUGCCCCCAGUGGGGGUAGAAUGGUGGUGACGAUGGUAGCGGGAGAAGUGGGUUCGAUGUUGCCACGAAGCACCGAUCCUAACCUUUUGGACUGUCUUGGGAAUCGUUUCUUAUAA